AUGAAGAUACAAUCUCUAAACGUCCUAUUAUUACUGCUGUUGGCAACAGUAUCAAUAUGUAGUUCACAACUUUCAAGUGGCGAAUUGAGCUCUGUUCAAUGGAUCAUCCAACAAUAUAGAGUCGACUGGAACAUUAGUGCAACAACCUGUAAUGAAAUAUCACUUGGAUCACAAUCAAAAUUGACUUGUAUCAUAGACAAUAAUAUUGAAAGUGUCCAGUCUAUCGCAUUAAAUAUUACCAAUCCAACUAGUCCAUCAGAGCCCCUACCAGAGACAACUAAACUCAGCUUCCCCAGUCUCACAUCUAUCUCCAUAUCACUGGACAAGACAGUCACUACAUCCAACUCCACACUCAACAUACUGUCAAUGCUCGACAAUACCGAUAAUAUCAACUUGUCAUCAUUGAGUAUCUCAAUGUACAAGGACACAAUAAGUUUCCCAGCCAACUUCCCAGCAAGCAUUCCACUAAAGCACAUUCAUAUCAACAAUGCCAAUGUUGAUAGUGAUAUUCCACAGAGCCUCUUUAGUUCAUCGAUGAUUACAGUCGAGUUGUUAGUGGGUCAAUACAACUAUGCAGUCACUCCAACCCUUCAACUUCACUUUGAUCCAACUGGAACAUAUACCAACCUUGCUUACUUGAACCUGGUAUACCCAAACACUACAAUGACCAACAAUAACCUUCAAUUCACAACGAAAUCAUUCCCAUCUUUAAUAUAUUUGGGUAUGGAUGUUCAACAAAUGGUCAACAUCAGUGUGGACUCUACAAACUUGGCAACACUUAGUUUCGUCGUUCACAGCGCUGACAAUGGAUCUUACUUGACAAUUGCCAAUGCUCCAUCUUUGAGCCAACUUACCGUCACCAACUCUCACAUAGCACCUACCAACCUAUCAAGUUUGCCAAGUCUAUCCAAGAUCAAGUUCACCAAAGUACCAGAGCCAAUCACUGGUGCCAACCUUCUCCAAACAUUGGAUUAUGCCAAUGGAGGAAUGACAACAUUCCCAUCAUUUGAUUGGUACACUGAGCAAUCGAUUGUACGUCUACCACGUAACCGUAUCACAGCGCUGCCACAACCACUGCCCCGUGUCAAGUUACCAUUGGAGUUGGAUAUGUCCAAUAAUCCACUCACUGGUAGAGUGAAUCUGGCCUUUUGUAACCUUACCAAGUUCAACUUUGUCGGUACCAAUAUCAAUGGUAUCGCCGAUUGCUUCCUGUGUCACUGGUUCUACACGUCACAGUUCUUCCCACCAGCUGUAAAGCCUCCUGCAAACUAUCAAUGCAAACCUGUUAUCGAUAGUACAUCAUAUUAUGUAAACAGCUCAUCCACUGUACUCACGAUCACUGGUGAUAGACUUGGAUAUGGUCUACCAGGUGACUUCUCUCCAUCAAACCUUCAAAUGAUUGUACCUCACAAAGUGUUCCUACUUCCAGUUACUGGUGAAUCUGGAUCAAUGAACAUAACCUUCUCAAACACAGCCAACAUCAAGUACACCAUAGCAUGGGGCAACAAUGUUACCAUUAUCAAUGAUGUCUAUGCCAGGAACUUUAACAGAACACUGUAUGUCACUGUCACUGGUAACUUCUUCACAACCUACACAAUGGCCGUCACCAAUGGAGUUAAUUCCAGACCAUGCACAAUCGUCGAAAAGUCAAACACAUCAAUGAGUUGUAUGGUUGAACUCAAGAAUCCUGUAAACAAGAAGAGACUACAAAGAACAUUCAUCGUGCUCACUGAUGAUCUAGGAAAUGUUACUCAACAUACCUUCAAUGUUAGGAAUUAUCCUGUUGUAGCCUUGUCCACAACUAUACCAACAUCAGGUGGUAAUGUUACAUUGUAUGGAUUCUUUGGACCAAUAAUGAUCAAGGCCUCAAGUGUGAUGAUCAAUGAUGUACCUUGCAACGUGACUGAUAAACUACUUGGACGUCUAUUCUGUACGAUCAGAGGUGGUCUACCUGUUGGGCCUGCCAAUCUAACUGUGACCGUUGGUAACCUCGUCUUCAAUUCAUCAAUGUUGGUGACCAUCGUACCAGAUGUUAUACCAAAUGAUUGUGGACCAAAGGAUGGUUGCAAUGGAAAUGGAAAGUGUCUCAUUGACACCACCAAGAUAUGCUCCUGUAAUGAAGGCUUCAGUGGAUACUAUUGUGAGUCCAAGGUGUUGAACACAACAUCUUUCAACGUUCACCAGAACCUCACUAUACCAUCGGCCGUACUGAGCUCCAAUGAUGCCGAGUUUGACUUUAACAUCUACGCCGUUCAAGAGCUUGAUGCGUUGGGAAAUGUUGUAUUCUCCCUUCCCACCACCAACUGGACAAGCAACACCACGACCAACGGCAACAUUGUGACCAAGUUCUACACUCUGGACUCUGGUGCAGACAACAGUAGCUCACUGGUGAUCAACGUCCAACUGGACAUCUCCAAUGAGACUCGUACCAUUCUCUUUGCUGGCCAGUACAACACCUACCCUGCCAACACACUCAAGAUGACCGUGAUGAUCAAUGACUGGGACUAUGAGUCCAACCUAAACACAAUACGUGUUCUCUUCAACAGUCCCUUCCAGAACCUUACAGGAUGUGAGCGUACUUCAGACAGUGGUGUCGGCGUGGACCAGUACUACCAGAGUCUCCAGUAUCUCAAGAUCAAGAAGGGUGACAUUGCCUUUUACGGUCGCUUCUUGGACAUUGCCCUGUCGGAUGGCCGUCCCACCAAGGCGAUCAAUCAGAUCAUCAACAGCACUAGCGACAGCAUGAUCGUCGGCAUCAACCUGCCGCAAUGCUCCCAGUGUGUCAUUGAUCCAGACUUUUCGGUGCUGGUGGCCGUGUCCAAUCCCAACAAUGGCGAUGGCUGCGCUGAGGGAUCCAGCUCACAAUCACCGGGUGGACUCAGAGUCAAAGGCCAACCCAACUGGCUGGUGCCAGUGGUGGUAGUGGUAUCAGUUGUAGGAGCACUGAUAAUUGGCGUAGGCAUGUUCCUCUUCACCAAACACAAACUGCAUGGUAGACGUGUUGGUGAUGUCAUCAAAGGAAUUAGAAUGUCCAGGACUGUAGCCGUCAAGCGUAACAGUCAAGCUUAUCAUAGUUAA